UACCACCGAUCUACCCCUACUGGAACUUAAAUAUCUGAAUGAUCCGUAGAAUGCUUUUUCCCACACUUUUUUGCGCACACUUCGGAUAGUAUAUUUCGAUAUCCUAAAUACCAUUAUCCGAUCCGCAAUUGGUAUCAUCCGACGAACCGGUAUGUUGACUCUAAGCAAAAGAGAGGGUUUGGUCCUAUGACCUGACGUGGGAAUGUGUAAGCGAAAGAAAAAUAGCUAAAGACGUCUCACACAAAAAAGCUGCUAGAGGAAGAAGACGAUUCACUUCUUUCCCGCCACUUUCACUAUCUUCUCCGGUGGUGAGCAAAGAUGUUGUGGGUCGACAAGUACAGGCCGAAAUCACUCGACAAGGUCAUAGUUCAUGAAGAUAUCGCCCAAAAACUCAAGAAAUUGGUUUCCGAGCAAGAUUGUCCACAUUUGCUCUUUUAUGGGCCGUCAGGUUCUGGUAAGAAAACCCUAAUUAUGGCUCUUCUCAAGCAGAUAUAUGGGGCCAGUGCAGAGAAGGUGAAAGUGGAGAACAGGGCAUGGAAAGUUGAUGCUGGGAGUAGAACUAUUGAUCUGGAGCUCACUACAUUAUCAAGCACCAAUCAUGUGGAACUUACUCCAAGUGAUGCAGGCUUUCAGGACAGAUAUAUUGUUCAGGAGAUAAUUAAAGAAAUGGCCAAGAACAGACCAAUUGACACGAAAGGAAAGAAGGGAUAUAAGGUGUUGGUAUUAAAUGAGGUUGACAAGCUCUCACGAGAAGCUCAACAUUCUCUGCGGAGAACAAUGGAGAAAUACAGCUCAUCUUGCCGUCUCAUCUUAUGCUGCAACAGCUCUUCGAAGGUUACCGAAGCCAUUAAGUCUCGUUGUCUCAAUGUGCGCAUAAAUGCACCUUCGCAGGAAGAGAUAGUGAAAGUGUUGGAGUUCGUUGCAAAGAAAGAAAGUCUGCAACUGCCCCAGGGUUUUGCUGCUCGUAUUGCUGAAAAAUCAAAUCGCAGUCUAAGAAGAGCUAUUUUGUCACUUGAAACUUGUCGUGUCCAAAACUAUCCGUUCACAGGUAACCAAGUGAUAUCUCCCAUGGAUUGGGAAGAGUAUGUUGCUGAAAUAGCAACUGACAUGAUGAAAGAACAAAGCCCUAAAAAGUUAUUUCAGGUGCGUGGAAAGGUGUACGAAUUACUAGUUAAUUGUAUUCCACCAGAAGUCAUUCUAAAGAGACUCCUUCAUGAAUUGCUGAAGAAACUGGACUCAGAGCUAAAGCUUGAAGUCUGCCACUGGGCUGCAUAUUAUGAACAUCGGAUGCGAUUAGGUCAGAAAGCCAUAUUUCACAUAGAAGCAUUUGUGGCCAAGUUUAUGAGCAUAUACAAAAACUUCCUCAUUUCAACGUUUGGGUAGAGAAGAGAGGCUUCAAAUCGAGGAAAAGAAGAUAGACUUGCACUUGUACUGUUUAUUUUAUGCGUGAUCCGAGGUUCUGAAGUUAAGGUUUCUGUUUAGUGGGUCGUCUUAACUUUUGAUGUUUGAAUUUGUUUCCCUCAACUUGACUGUCUUAAUUUUAAUAAACUAUGGAAGCGGUUUGGCCUAUCAGUCUGCAACAAAAGACUUGCCGAAACAACGCCAAAAAGUGGCUAUUCAAUUUGCAACUCUAUGGGUUUGACGAGGGCUAAGAGCUAGAAGAUACUGAAAUUUUGUUGUAGUAACAUUAGUUUUUUUUUAACAAAAAACAUUAGAUAUUUGCGGUAGGCUUCUACCGAACAUAGGCAAAAUCUUCC